AUAUGUUAGUGGGGGGUUAACAAUUCAUGACGUUCCGUUCGUGUUAAGAAGAGUAAUUACAUAUUUUAAAUUAAAAUGUAAUUAAACCGAGUAUUUGACUGGAUGGUUUAUAAAGAAUCUCUCUCUAAAGAAAAUGACUGAUAAAAUUAAAAAAGAUGUUGGUAUUCACCCUUUAACUGACGACCCUACAGCAGCAUGGAAAGUAAUUUCAAAACAACAAAAACUUCUUAAAUUGAACGUUAAAUUACCGACGAAACCGGUUGAAAAUGACAAAAUUAGAUUUGUUUGUAUGAGUGAUACACAUUCCCUUAUUAGGAACAUUAUAUAUGAUAUACCAGAUGGUGAUAUUUUUAUCCAUGCUGGAGAUUUCACGAAGUGUGGACAAAAAGAAGAAGUUAUACAAUUUAAUGAAUGGUUAGGAUCUUUACCCCAUAGAUAUAAAAUAGUGAUAGCUGGUAAUCAUGAACUUAGUUUUGAUAAAAAAUUUAAGAGCGAAUUUAAGUUAAAUAAUAGGGAAAAGCGUCAUAAUCAUACGGAAAAAGAUGAAAUAAAAAAUUACGGAAAUACUAAAGAUGAUAUUCUUGAUUCUGUAAAUACUCAAAAUAUUCAAGAGUAUCUUACAAAUUGUAUUUACUUAGAAGACUGCGGUGUUGAACUUUAUGGGAUUAAAUUGUACGGUUCACCAUGGCAACCGGAAUUUGGGAACUGGGCGUUUAACUUAAAGAGAGGAGAAGAGUGUCUUUCAAAAUGGAAAAACAUCCCCGAUGAUAUUGAUAUUUUAAUAACGCACACUCCUCCCUUAGGCCACGGUGAUUUGGUAUGUUCAGGUAUUAGAGCAGGGUGUGUCGAAUUAUUAAAUACAGUACAACAGAGGGUUCAACCUAAGUAUCAUGUUUUUGGACAUAUUCACGAAGGAUAUGGAGUUACUUCUGAUGGGAAAAUUAUUUAUAUAAAUGCUUCGACAUGUGAUAUUAAUUAUAUACCCAAAAAUUUGCCAAUUGUUUUUGAUGUGCCACUCAAAAAAGGCUUUGAGAAACAAUAAUUUUGAUUAAUUUAUUGGUUUUUGUACUUUAUUUUAUAAUAAAUGUUUUAAACAUUUUGAGAAUUAUAUCAAAA